AUGUCCGGCGCCUACCGCGCCCUCGUCGCCGUCACCGCCAGGUCAAGAUUCGCCAUGUUCGCCUUCACCGCGUCCGUCAUGGUGGCUCUACCGCUCCUCGGGACGAAGCUGAUCAUGGGCGCGACGAACCCAGAGCAAGACACAGAGCGCGAGAACGUGUUGCGGAAGCGUCACGGGAUGGAUUCGCGAGCGAGGACGAAUCGACAGCGCGCGGAUUUGAUGCACAUGCUGCGAGACGCGAGCGAGGGUGGAGAGAAGAUGGACGCGCGAUGGAAGUCGGCGCUCGGCGUGCGGAAGUGA